GUGGUGGACUUACAUGGUGGCGGCAUGUAAUUAGAUAGAAAACUAAUAAUUUGAGGUUCAUUCAUUUUGUCCUUGAUUCAUGUUACUUACAUUACUGAAGUUAGAUGAUUUUUUUUUUCUAUAAAGUACCAUAGUUGACAAUGCAGUUCUCUGAAGUUCCGGGAGUUUUCCAGGAAAUAGUCUGGAUUCAUUACGGUAUUAUGUCAUUGUAACAGGAAUAAGUAUGAUUUCAUAAGAUUGUAAAAAAAAUUCUUACAUCAGAAUAUUUUCUUGGCUAAAUGGAACCUCAUAUACUAGAUAUAUUGUUGCAGUUCUUUCUUUGUUUACUUACAUUUAUGUACGUUGGGUUUCCUGCAAUGACUUCAAAAUAGUGUUUACUCUAUUGAUUAAGCGAAUUUCUCUCAAAGAUGAGGGAACCAUUUCAUUAGGUCUGUGUAUUGGACUAUAUAAUGAUUAGCUAUGAGACUGGGAAUUUGUUUUUCGCCAAAAUUACAUCUCUUGUGAAUGUCAUUGUCUGAUGUUCCACUACAGGGAAAUAACAGUCUUUUCUGCUUCGGCUGUUUCAUUUUUGCUUCAGUUGAAACUUGACAUUAGUUUGAAAAUUCUCUGUGGAAUACCAGUGACCAUUUAUGGUGUUGAUUUCUCACCGAAAGCAGGCUGAAUCAUGUGGUCAAUCUUCCAGUAAAGAUGGUUUGGUAAUAUUCUUGAUCAGAUGUUAGAUCUCACUAGGAACUCACCCAGUUUUAUGUACAAGCCUAUUAAAACGUCAGAUGUUUGCUGUGAAUUUGCUGUGUUUGUUACAUAAAUUUUUUUUGGUGUUUGCCCCUGUCAUUCAGUAAGAUAAGAUUUCUUGUCUCCGGAAGUGGUAAACUGAAAAACAGAUAAAUGGACAGUUUGUGGGGUUUUUUUUACUGGUGAUUUUCAAGGUCUGCCAAGUAGCAUUUUGCUCUCUAUUGAUUUAAAUUAUCUUCCUUAUUCAUCCUUAUUAAUUUAUUUCCCCAAAAUUUGCUUUAUAUGUCUGUUUUUGCUUAUUUUCUCCCAUCAAAAUAGUAAACAAAAGACAAUGUAGAUGACUGUUAUGAUAUAAAGAUUUGAGAGUGAAUUAAUAUCCUGUACUAUGUUUGGUGAAGUAAUUAGCUGGUAUCAGAUUGUUGCUGGGGGCAGAUUAGCUGCUAAUUAUGACACAUCCUGGAAAACUGGGUUGACACUAUGGUACCAUAUGUUUACUAUAAGCUUAUAAAUCAAUAUGAAGUGUGAUACCAGGAUCUCAUCCUUUAAUUGUAUCACUCUCAUUUUAUAGUCAACUAUUUCCAUUGUUCACAUCUGUUUUAGUCUCUGUCAUAUUAACUAUACAAGAUUUAGUUGGUGUAUUAACUGUACUAGGACUUUUUUUAAAACCAGGGAAUGUUAUUUAGUUGGAACAGUACUAACCUUGUGUUAAAAUGUUAAUAUUAGCUAACAGAUGAGCUGUUUUAAUUAAUACAUGUACAUCAUCAUACUGUGGAGCUAACAUUGCUGAUCUAGAAUUAACAUCACUCCUAACCAUGCAGUUGAAACAGACAGAUCUAGUCGAGGGCGAGGCAGUACCACAACAGCAGAGCCCAACAGAAGCCGGUUCCAAAGUAGAAGCCGUGUCACCCGGAGCAGCACAAGGACCAAAGAGAUUGCAUGUGUCAAAUAUACCAUUCAGAUUUAGAGAAGCAGAUUUGCGGAAUUUAUUAGGGCAAUUUGGGCCUAUUUUAGAUGUAGAAAUCAUUUUCAAUGAAAGAGGGUCUAAGGGAUUUGGUUUCGUAACUUUCCAAAAUAGCGUGGACGCUGACAGAGCACGAGAGAAACUGAACGGUACAGUGGUUGAGGGACGCAAAGUUGAGGUCAACAAUGCUACUGCUCGUGUAAUGACCAAAAAAACUGCUGUUGCACCUACUAUCCCAAAUGUUAUAUCGCCAGUAUCUGCAGCCGCGCUGCGAGGUGUGGCGUUAACAAGGGGUAGAGCUACGGCCCUGGCGGCACGUGGAAUGUACAACGCAGCAGCAGCUGCUCAGCUGCAAGCUGCAGCACUCCGACAACCAACUCCUCUUCCUACUGCCACAGCUUUGCCAUAUGCCACCAUGCAGUAUGCAGCCAUGGAUCCAGCAUUAUUAGCGACAUAUGCUGCUGCCGAUAGGUAUCAGCUAGUCACCUCACAGCCAUUGGCAGCAGGUGUUCCUCUGUCGGCUGCACGAUAUGCUGUCCCUGCAAUUGCCGGUGCUGGUGGUGUUACAUACGCAGCAGCAGGGUACACAGGCCGUGAAUUAGCAGCGGCGACAGCAGAUCCUCUCCUUGGGCACAGUAUUGGACCAGUCCCUGGAUACGGGGCAACAGUUUACAGAGGUGCAUACCAGAGGUUUACUCCAUACUGAUUGGCUGGCACAAGUCAUAUGUUUGAUCUAAUUGACCAAUAGAAUUCUCCAGUUUUGGUCAUGUGAUCCAAAGAUCUGUGAUGGAUGGAGGAACAAAAAAUGCUGCGAAAGUGAAGCUCAUAGACUUCAAAAAACAAAACUUUCGCACACUACUCAAGUAUUAUUACAGAGAUUUGAAAAGACGUGCACAGUGCAAUUAAAGUUUUUCUUUUAAACAGUGCUGAAUCGGUGCUCUGACGUCCUUAAUAUAAUUUAUUAACAUUGUUAUGAGGCACUGUUUAUUGAGAUUCUAUGAAGAUACACAAAAAAGCUGCCAUGUAUUGAAUGAACCCAUUGAUACGCAAACAUGCAUUUUUCUGUUAAAUAAAGCCGUUUGAAUGUACAUAUAGAAAAGCAAUAAUCAAAAUGCCGAGCAAAUUCUUGAUGUACAGGUUACAGUUAUUUAUUGUUUAGCAAGGGGAGAUAGUACACACACAUUUUAAUAGAACAGUAGAUAAGAUAAUAUUUUUGGAGUAAAAAAAUUUAACAAGACACAAAAGAGUUACAAAUGCAUUUUUUUUUAUUAAGUAUUAUUUCUGUGAAAGUAGAUCAUUCAUGAAUUAUUUUUUAAUUUAAGUUUCCUGAAAAAGUACAUAAAUUUUUUAUGAAAACCAAGAAAAAAAAUUCAAACAACAACAUAGUAUUUUCUCAAUACUCAGAUGGCAGACUUUAUUCAGAACAAAUACAUCUAGUCAAAUUUGUAUUUAUAUUUUCACCGUACCUCGUGUAACUUUUUACAAGUUCCAUACUUCAUGUAUGUACAAGGGUUUCAUUAUUGUCAUUUAUUGAUUUUUUUUGCUCUUCUUUAUUUUUUUAAUAUAUAAUCAAUGUAUAAAUUAUAUAUAUAAAAAAAAACAUUUUCAAAGAAUGCUUACAGUUCAACUUAAUCAAAAUUAACAAUACAUAACCACCAUUAAAACAGAUUUUUUAGGUAUUUCUUGUACAUAUUUUGAGUUGACCUUGGUGUAGUGGUACGGUAAAUGACAGACACAAAUGUCACUAUCAAUUUAGAAUUUCCAGAAUUUAGCUGCCAAUUAUUGACAUUUCUGUCAUGUUCUUGCAGUCAUAUUACAGUCAAUUUGAUUGGAUUGAUAGUUUAUAUAAUUUGAACCAUUAAAUCAAUAAAUAGCAGUGUGAUGGGGGAAAAUAAACACUUCUUUAAUAGGGUUUAAUGUAGAAAUGGAAAAGAAAUGGUGGGGUGAAUUGUUAGCAUUCUCUGAUAGUGUUUUAGAUACAGCUGAAUUUGCCAUACUCUAGUAUUCUAAUUUUAAAAAGUUUGAGUGGGAAUGUCUGAAUGGAAUGUUAAAGGUUCAGGGUAGUGAACUUAAAUAUAAUCAGGGAAGAUGAGAUUUUAAAAACUAAGGGAUAAGUAGUUAUGUGAGAAUUUAUUUUCAGGAGUGGCAAUCUCGUAGGAUUGGACCCGAAAAAAAGAAAUAUAUUUAUAACACUCUUUAAGUUUGAUAAAGAUUUAAUUUUUUUAUACAUGAUAAUUUGCUAUAACUUGUUGCUUUGAAAUGCAGUAUUGACUGCCUUAAGUUCUAGACAUUAUUUCAAACGUAACUUAUCCUCCAUUUUCAGAUCACUUACAGAAUUAUUUAGUAUUUAUCAAUGUCUAGGGGUUGUUUUAAUCAACAAUUAUGUAUUCUUAAUUUGGAGGAAUUGUUAAGAACCCCGGAUUUUAGCAAACAUAUCCCAGGAAUUUAAAAGUAUACAAGGAACCAAGUAAUAUUGUACAAACAAUAGUACCUGUUCAGUUUUAAUCAACAUACAAAAACAUAACACAUGCUAGCUAUGUGGAGAACAAUUUUUUAACAUGGCUUGAAUGACAGUCAUAUAGUCAUAUGGUGAUGUUAGAAAGUCAUUGAUCGCCAGUCCCGGAGUAUACGAGAUUGCUAUCUUUUAUAUGUCCAAAUUUGAUGGGAAGCAAUUAUGGAUAUUGAUCUUUUGUUCUGCCUGCGAAUCUCGAUUAUGUACAGGAAUAGGAUAAAAUCUCGCCACUUUAUGAAAUCCUUUUUGUGAAUCAUUGAAAUCAAAAAUUUCUGUUCAGUAUUUUUAUGUUAAUGAAACCUGUGUUUUUAUGUUUGGUAUAUUUUCAACUCUGUUUUUGAUUUUCUGCACAAAAAUGCAACAGAUUGGUUAUUUUCGAUUUAACAUGAUAAAUUUAACAGUUGGAAAGAAUUUAUAAUCAUCAUAAUUUUAUGUUAUUCAGUCAAUUUUAAUUGGAAUUUCCGUCAGUUUUGCUGAUUUUUUUUUUUUUUGUUAAGGUCUGUGUUAUAUAAGCGUUCUUUUGUGUUACAUUACUUUAUAUAGCAUUUGCCUGUUUCUUGUCUUGCAUUGGUUAAAAUUCACAAUGCCAUAAGCAUUUAUUUAUUAUGAAUACAGAAUCUUCCAUUUUUUGUGUGUGCGUUUCUUUUUCAGCAAGAAUGUGAUUAUUUUUUUUCUCUAGUCUUUUUUUCAUAAUAGUUAGUCAGCUGAUUUUAAAGUUAGUUACUGUCUCUUACUUUGAAUAAAAAUGUAAGGGAGGUAAUCGGCUAAAAAAAGCAUUAGAACAUUAUUUCGAAAUAAAAGUGUACUGUUUUCCAAAAUACUGCCAGCAGAAAAAAAGUUUGUGGAAAGGAUGAUUUUAAUAGUGUUUAAUAUAUUUUCUUGGUGUAAUUUUCUAUUUGGAAAAAUCAAGAGACAGUAACUGAUUUUUAGAGGUUUUAGAGAUCACUUUCUUGCCAAAAUAUCUUGCCUCUAAAAUGAAUGUCUGCCAGAUCAUGUAAACUAUAUAUGUUUUAAUCAUUUCAUUAUUUGUUAUUAAUAUUAUUAUGGGGUUGUAUUUUUGCCCCGGUUAUUGAAUCUCUUUUUAAGUGCUAAUCUACGCAUUUGCUUUGGAAACAGCAUUAGUCAGAUGUUUGGAAUUCUCUUUGGCAUUUUAGCAGUACUAUCAAUACUGCAAGGUAUACUUGAGUGUGAAUUUUAAGUUAAAUGAUGCCGCUAUUUCAAAUUUACAUUUAAGGUAAAAAUAUUUUAUACGAACAUGUCUAUAAAAUUCCUUUUCAAAUCAGUUAGUGCUUUUUCAGUGAAACCAACUAUAAACUGACUGAAUUUGAAAAAAAUUCAAUGUGUCAUCUAAACUCAAUAGUUUCAGUGCCUAAGUGUAAUACAGAUAAAAGUUUUACUAGUUGUCACUGUGCAAUAUCCAUAGAUCUCUCAAAAGGCUUUUUGUGCUCUAAAUGUCAGUGUUAUAUAUGACUCUUCAAGUGUUCUGUAAUUUUUCAUGUCAUUAUGUAAUUACGCUAUGAAAAUUUUCCUGUUGACAAAAAAAUACUUCCUUGAAGUCUGACUAAUACUGUUUCCAAGCCUUAUUGUUUGUAUCUGGAGUUUGAAACUCACAGAUACUUCCUGAUUAUAGACUGCAAUUAUUGAUUUAACACAUUUUAAGUACAAGUUCUGUAUAUUAACCAAAAAUUAUUCAGUUGAUUUUAUAUUUUCUCCUACUUAGCAUCAGACUACAAUAGUAAUGCAGUAACCA